AUGCCCAAACGCCUCGUCCUUGCCAUCGAUGGCACCUGGGUGAAUGCCGACAACGGCUACUCCCCAACAAUCACCGGCCCGCCCGCGAAUCACACUCUUGCCACGCCUUCAAAUGUCGCUCGUCUCUGUCGAGCCUUGAAAACCCGCGACGGCACCGAUCCAUCCAUCGAACAGAUUGUCUACUACCAAGGCGGUCUCGGAAGCAGCGCAAAUUGGUACAGCUACGUCUUCGGCGGCUAUCUCGGUGAUGGUAUCGACGCCGCUAUCCGUGAAGCGUAUGGAUUUCUGGCGAACAACUACGAGGACGGCGAUGAGAUUUUCUUGUUUGGCUUCUCGCGCGGAGCGUUCACUGCGAGAUCGGUGGGUGGAUUGAUUGCUAGUAUUGGGUUGUUGACGAAAGAGGGAAUGGAAAGUUUCUACCCUAUCUUCAUGGACUGGGAAUAUCAGAACGAUCCGUCUUACGUCAAUGGCUACUCGACACCGGUCUGGCCUCAACCGAAUCAAGAGCGCCCGAAGAUGGACAGUAAGGACACGUACUUCAACGCUCUCAAAGCUGCGAAGCUCACUCAACCUACCAUCCCGACCAUCAAAGCCGUCGCCGUCUUUGAUACUGUUGGAUCGCUUGGCGUUCCGGACGUCAAACCGCUCGGCAUCAAGCUCCACCACUCGAGUAAAGCAGAGUACUCCUUCGUCAACACGCAAGUCGCACCAAACGUCGAAAACGCCUAUCAAGCUCUCGCUCUCGACGAGCAGAGAAGUGCUUUUGUGCCCACUGUCUGGGAGUCUCCGAAAGGCGGUAAAGAAACUCAUCCAGUCUUCAAUGAACUCCGACAAUGCUGGUUUCCUGGGGUACACACGAGUAUUGGCGGCGGGUAUCAGGAUACGAGCAUUGCCAAUCUCACUCUGGCGUGGAUGAUGACUCAACUCUCGCAAUAUCUGGACUUUGACCCGGAGUAUCUGCGUCGUCAGAUCAAGCAGAAUCAGGCGUUCUACACAGACAAGAAAGUGCCGGAGAACAGCCCCUCUCGCGACUACGCCAUGGGCUUGAUCAAAUCCUCCGAUGUAGGUCUAUUGAACACUGUCCUCGGACGAGUCACUCGUACGCCAGGGACGUACCAACUCACGGAUCCGAACACCGGCGAGCCACUUCCUGAACGUCUGCAAAAGACCUGCGAGUUCAUGCACCCUUCUGUGCGGUGGAGGAUGCAGCAGCGAGGACCGGGACUGGCGCAGACGAAGACUGAUACGAUUGGGCAAGGAGUGUAUACACCUCUCGCUUUGGAGAAGUGGAAGUUCUUUGCGGCUGGAGAGGAGACGCCGAAGGGAGUUGCAGUCGAAGCAAUGUGGGCGAAGAAGGGAAAGUGGGUCAACGAGGAGCUGUCGGUGUAUGUCGUCGAGGAUGAAGUUGAGCAAGGCAGCUGGGAAGAAAUAUUGGUUGGUGCGUAUGGCAAGGAAGCGGUGGCAUUCGUCACGGGAGCUGCCUAA